GACCUGGCCCUUCUUCGGCGUCGACGUGUUCGCGGAGGGCUCUCCUCGCCGCGCAGCUGGCGCAGCGGACACGAAGUCGUCCUUCUGCGGGGCCUCCAAGGCGCCGACGCGCGGCAGGGCCAGCGCGGUGGCGGCCCGCGCCGAGGUCAGCCGAAGCCUGCCGUUCAUGCCCAAGCCCCAGAACCUCGCCGGGUUCGUCGGGGAGGAGCAGGAGUUCGACCCGCUCGGCUUUUCGGACACCUUCGACAUGAAGUGGCUUCGCGAGUCGGAGCUCAAGCACGGCCGCGUCUGCAUGCUUGCGACCGUCGGCUUCGCCACCCAGCAGUACGCCACUUUCCCGGGAAUGCAGCCCACGGAGAACGCCCUGAACGCGGUGUACACCGAGACCAAUGGCCUCAUCACCCUUAUCUUCCUCGCUGGCUACAUCGAGAGCCAGACCUACGGCGGGAAGGUGACGAUGCUGGACAUGUUCGAGGGCGGGGAGAACAAGGUGCCCGGUGACUUCAACUUCGGCAGCGGCUUCCUGAAGGGCAAGACUGACAAGGAGGUCUACGACAUGAAGUUGAAGGAGCUGAACAAUGGCCGGCUGGCGAUGCUGGCCUUCGGCGGCAUGGUGCACCACAACCUGGUCGUCAACGGUCCCCUCUUCCCCAUCUUCCCCGAUGGCUGGAAGGGCCCGCAGG